AUGAGGUUUCUUGUGGCGUGUGACGAUAGCGGGAGCAUAAAAGAGGUGAUAUGUAACCGUAAAACAGAUACCUCGGUGCAAACGGCGCCUCAACCUUUCCACAUAGGAACGCAUCUUGCAGAAGGCUUGGGUAGCAGGGUGGAAAUAAUGGAAAAAAUAUCUGAUGACAGCUUACUAGUGGCAAGAGCAAAUGGGACAGUUCAGCUCUUGAAAUUGGGUUACAGUCCUCGUCAGAAAGAGGAUCAAAGUAUUGAGAUUGGACCAGAUUUCGAUAUAAUCGAUUUGCAAGUGGUGUCAUCGGUCCAGGGUCUUUUGGAUGACUCUGUUCUUGUGGAACUGCAUAAAAAAUCCAAGAAAAGAUCAACUCCUAAAGAUGGGUUUAUAGCAUUGCAAGUGAUACCGGGUGUUUCUGAUAAAAUCUUGUGCGCUUCAAAAUCGGGCCACAUCCACAUUCUGAGCCUACACAACGACAAAUUGCGUAUUUUUAAAAGUCACACUGUUCAGGGACCUCUGGAGUUUGUUCAGGUUCACGAUAACGAUGUCGAUGCUUCUAGCAAGACAAAAUCUACAACAUUUGCAUACGGUGGUGAAGAAAAUCUAAUCAAACUGGCCAAACUUUCGUCGAGUUUCAAAAAGCUCGAAAACUUCUGGCAAGCGAAAAAUGUCUCCAAUGAUAGACUUGAUUUGAAGGUUCCUAUUUGGCCAAUAAAAGUUAAGUUUUUGGACUCGGCGUCCGGGACUGGCCUCAACGAGGACAGUUACCACUUUCUAGCAUUGAACCGUCUCGGCCACUUUCGUGAGUAUGAUACCAAAAAAGGCCGCAAGCCACAGUCAUCGCACCCGAUUCUACCCAAGAAUGAAGUCGCGACAAAUCUUCAGGUGUUGAACACAGAUCUAACGCCUUCAUGUAAUGUUAAAUCUGCAAACUUCAAUGACCUGGAGGUAGUAAUCACCGAUUCAAAGAAGAAUGUCUUUGCAUUUGACACAUCACCCAGAACAAUAGGAAAAUUCGGAGCGGGAGAUAUUACGGGUGCAACUACGUUUGUGGGCGUUGUCGAGAAGCACUAUUUACUGCAGUGUGGCCUAGAUAGGUAUGCCAGAAUUUUCGACGUCGCAUCCCGAGCUUUGCUAUCUAAAGUUUAUUUGGGAGCAAAAGCAAGCGCUGUCUUACUCAUAGACGAUAAAGAAGUUGAAGUACCGCAGCCAGAGGGCUCCGAGAAAAAGAGAAAGGCCAAAAAUCGGGACGUCGAAGCAGAAGCUCUUGAGGACGAGAAGAUUUGGACCACAUUAGAGGGUAAAACCAAAAAAACGAAAACUAACUGA